CAAUCAAGUGGAUUUCCUUCAGGCCCGUCUAGAGCUCGACGAGAAAGGAAAUACCGAAAGAAGAUCGACGCGUGCGCCAUUCAUCCCACCAGAGAGAGACACCGUGCCAAACAACCCAAACCCAACAGCGCCUAGAAUCAUAGUCAAUGGAACUCCCACCCAAGAAUCCGGGCUCUGCCCCUUUUAUCGUUGCCACAACCCUUGCCAAGCCCGAUCCGCAAACCCGCAAGUUCAUCCGCAGCCAUGUCAUGCGGGGGAAGAAUGCCGGCAGGCCCAGGGCAGCCAAGAAGCUGCCGCUUUCGCAAGGGGAAGCUCAGCCGCCUCCCCGGGGUCAGCGUCAGCGUCGAAAGCGGUCAAGGUCCGGGUCCGGGUCCGGGCCGCCCAAGACCCCACAAGUGCCGGAGGUGGUAGUAGCACAAGAACCGGUGGCAGCACCAGAAGGUGUGCUGAAGGGCGAGGUGAGCCGGGAGCUCACCACUCCCCGCAGGAUCGCGGCAGAUCUCUCUCUUAUCCGGCUAGGAACCGAGUUGGAACCGUACUGUUAUGAACUCAUUUACAGGGCCUUCACCGUGGUAAAGCCUGCAAUAUACCCUCUUCACGACACAAUAGGGUCAGCUCUGCAUGAGGACCACCAGAUGUUUUGGAUGGCCAACAUCGCUCAGAACCCCGGUAUCCUCCACACCACCCUGUUCGCCAGCCAAGCGUACCACGACCUAUCCCACGGCUGCUCCUACAGCACCGUUGCUCGGCUCCACCUGGGAGAGGCACUCCGUCAUGUGCAAGGGAGCCUGAACAACACGAAGGAAGCCGUACAACUCUCCACCGUGGCCGUCGUGAUGGCGCUGGCAAUGACGGCCGUGAUUUGCGGAGACAUGACCACAGCAGCAAGACACAUCGACGGCCUGCACAGGAUACUCCAGCUGCGCGGCGGUCUGCGGUCACUGGGUCCGGGCAGCCCGUUCGCCCAGACAAUUCGGACCCUGGAUUUAGGCCUGGCCAUAGCGUUGGGGACCGAGCUGCGCUUCAUGCAGGACAGCGACGUCCCCUGGACCCCUGAACUCGCUCGUGGGCUUUCUGCCGAGCGGUUCCCCGAGCUGAGCGAUGUGCUGAGGUGGUGCCCGCAUCGCCCGGACCGCCGCCUUCUGCACGUCUGGGCCGACCUUCGCGAGUUAUCGAGACUCUUGAACGAAGGCUUCAAGCUACCCAGCCAAGUCUCGGCCAACUUAGCCGCUUCUGUGCCGUUCAGGCUUCUGCGCCUAAGGAUGAAGGAUGAUGAUGCGCAUGCUCAGGCGGCUGAUCUGCAUGAGCUGCUGAGGCUAUGCAUGCUGGCGUGCGCAAAGGUGCUGCUUGUCGGCUUCCAAAACACCACCGGGGAAAUGACGCUGCUGGCAGAUGGGUUGAGUCUCGUAUUGAAGACAUGGCAUUCCAACCUCGAAUCCUCGAUGGAUGAGAUAGCAAGGGCUGCUGCCCGCAAACUCCUGCUUUGGGGCCUAUUUGUAGCCAGCGUGUCAGUGUUUAGGGAGGGGGAUAACUCAGGGAACGGAUUAAGCCAGCUGCUCGUGCGGACUGUGUCGAAUCUCGGAUUGGGCGACUGGACCAAGGUCAGGGCUCUCCUGAAGGGUUUUCUGUGGAUUGACAUUGCCUUUGACAAGCCUGCAGAAAUAAUCUUCGAGCGGCGCUGCAAACCGGCGGUAUCGCAUAUGCUAUGAGCUGAAUUCAGUUCGUUGCUUCCAUGAUAGACGCUAACAGACAAAAACGGAUCGAUCCAACGUCUCUCGCCAGAUUCCAUUCCGUUGUGAACAGAGAUGGCAUGCCGAUGGACUCUUGUCGUUCAUCAAAAGCAUCAACUCUAUGCAACCCGAUGAUUCCAUCCAAUCCAAUCCUGUACGCUGUAAACUAUCGUGAGGCCGUCCCCCCCUUCUCCUCCUUCCCUCCUU